AUGGUUAAUCGAUCUAACGGUAUUGAAGGGUAUUCAAGUUUGAAAGCUCUCUCACCUCGCAGUGUCCCCCUCGAUAGCUAUCUCAUGGUCAUGAGUUCACUGUCACAGUUGGAAUUGGGCUCAACACCGGUGCAGAUCUCAGUCUGGAAGCUAGUUUUGGUGGCCUCUAUGGCCGCCGGGAUCCAACUUGUCAACACUGUCCAGAUAGCAUGGCUAAUACCAGGCUACUUGAUUCUCGGAGUACUGGAUAGAUGGGCCUCUUUGGUGUGGCUCGUCAGCGCUGUUUCUAGUUCUGUUAUCCAUCCAAUCCUCAGUUAUUACAGCAAUCGAGCAACCUGUAAACUCAGGCAGCACCGUCCUUUUAGCUUUGCGGGUGCCGUUGCUGUCACCAUAGCUUUUUUGACAAUUGGCUUUGCCACAGACAUCGGCUACGCCUUUGGAGACAACUUCUCCGAGAAAAAUCGGCCACGCGCCUUAGCCAUUUUUGGGAUCAGAUUAUGGAUAUUGGAGAUUUCGAUUAACAUUAUCAAUGCCCUCUACAAAGACUUCCUUGAUGACCUUGCCAGCAGAGACCAACGGACGAUUAGACUGAUAUACACGUACGUCACAUUCUUCAUGGCAGUGGAAAAUGAACUAGGUUACUUUGCCAUUUUUUUUAGGAGAUUCGAUGAUAUGUUGUCAUUCACGGUGACAGAAGCAUGCCACGAACUCCGUGCAAAUGUGAAAACCUUAUCAAUUUUCUCGAUCCUUCUUCUACUGUUCUUGAUGGCUGUGGCUCUGUCUUGCGUCCAAGACAAACCGGCAUUACCUGAGGAGGAGUCACAUAAGAGGGAAGAGGAAGAUGAUAGAUGGGCAGUGGUUAAAUGCAUCCGAAAAUAUUCCAGACCAUAA